AUGAAAGGUUACAUUAUUGCUCUUAUUGUAUGCGGUUGCUUCGCAAUAAUCUUGGUUGGUCUCAUCUUAUGGUGUCUUCAGAACCGCAAAAAGAAAAAAACGUGGUCUCCUUCACCUCCUCCGCCCGUAAGGGACGUUGAAAAAUGUAGAAGCAGUGUCGUUCCAAGAGAUGGGGGGCUCCUUGUUUUGACAGGAACUGCUGUCACCACACCCGUUGUAGCUGCGGCUGUAACCACCGGGAUCUCUAAAGACAGUAGUGGUGGCUCCGGUGGCGAUGAAGGUGGAGGAGAGUGUGAUGGUGGUGCAAAUGGCGGAGGAAAGCAAAGGCCUAUAGUGUCUCAGUCGCGAGAUUUGGAAAUGGGUCAAACGGGAUCAAAAGAUGGAGGACUUGUUGUUUUGACAAGGAAUGUUUCCACUACAGCUACUACGGUAGCUGCGGCUGUGAUCAUCGCAGAUUCUGGCGGUGGGGGCGGCUGUUGUUGUGGAUGUGAUGAUGGUGGAGGCGGAGAUGGAAGAGGAGACGGUGGUGGUUGUGGAGGGUGCGGCGGCUGUGGAGGCUAA